UGCAUGUCAUGUCAUUGAAAACCGUAUGUCCGUGGGUUUUACGGUUUUACAUUAUUUUUAUUGAUAAUUUCUUGUAAAGACAUGGUGUAAUUUAGCUUCAGAUGAAAAUAUGUCACUCCUAGACAAUCUCAAGGAGUUAGGCUGGCAUUUGAGUCAAGAAGGUAUCGAUAAUAUUAGUGAAAAUGGACAAAUACAAGAUGUAAAUAUACUUAGCAAAAAAGCUUUAGAUUAUGACUUACGAGACAUUGGGGACAGUGCUUUCCCCGAAGAUUUCACAAAGGAUCCGUCUAAGUUAGAAAGGCCUAUAGUUGUUCAAAUUCAGAAGAUACGGAAUGUGUCUGCUCCUAAAGCUAAUGAGGAAUCCUCAUCUGCACCCCGUAUGUUGAAACUGACGCUACACGAUGGGAAAUCGUCGUGUACAGGCUUGGAGACCAGUCCUAUACCAAGCCUUAGUAUCAACACCCCACCAGGAACCAAAUUGUUGUUAAAGAAUGAAGGGUUGGAGGUGGUUCAUGGAGUUAUAUGGCUCUCACCAAGUGUUAUAUCAAUAUUAGGUGGAAAGGUGUCCCAUAUGAUAGAAAAAUGGGAGCUGAACAGGAGUCUAGCCAAGCACACUAGAGGUGGCAUAGGAGUUGAUGGUGGCCCACCCCCAUGGAUUCCGUUUGGGCAGCGGUUGGAGGCACAGACCGUUGACAAACAGUUUAAAAGUCUGCAGGAAGCUGCCAAGCAGGACAAUGCAGAGUUUGAAGCCCAGAGGAAAGGUGCAAUUGCUGAGGCCCAAAGACUCUCUGGUGUCAAGAAGGUAUUUGGUGGUGGCACUAAACCUUUACUGGAUGCAAAUGUUCAGAAGAUAGUUGAUGCUGGUUUCUCUGAGGAACAGGCUGAAAAUGCUCUCAAGUAUACUAAGAAUAAUGUUGAUAGGGCUUUAAAAAUAUUACAAAAGCGAGAUAACUCGGAAAAUAGGAAUAAAGAGAAACCACAAAAAGAACCUGAUCAGCCGAAGCGGAAAGGACGAAAUAAAGAGCCAAAUGAUGAAGAUGGGAUACCUGUUAAACCAUCGGGAAAAAUAAGUCUUUUUGAUUUUCUAGAAGACAAACUACCUAAUGUACCCGAAAAAGAUAGGAAUAAUCGCCAAUAUAAUUCUAAUACUGAUGAUAGAAAUGAUAGGAACUAUGGACAGAGGGAGAAGAACAGUGCCAAAAAUAAUUCUCGCGGUCAGUCGUCAAGGUAUGAUAACGGCAAUCGACAGAGAUCUGAAAAUAGGGGCCACUUCUCAAACGACAACCAUCAUUCAUCACAUCGAGACGAUCGUAAAUAUCAGACUGUAACUGAGAAACCUCCACGGUUCCAGAAGAAAUUAGAUGAGAGGAAUAAGCAGCAUCACCAACAUCAUCAACCACCUCCGCAGAGUACAUCCAGUAGUAAUGUAAACAUGAAUGUUCCGUAUGGCAAUUCAUAUCAGAACCCACCUCCUUCGUAUUCUGAUAGGAAUAUGAGGAACGAUAGACUGAGCGACAAUAAAAUGCAGCAUCAGCAAAACUAUCGCAAUAACUCCAACAUGGAUAGUUUAGUGGAGGCGACGGCGAAUUUGAAUAUGUUGGCUCAGCAGCGUCCAGUGGAAGAGCCACAGCGGACGUAUCAGCACCCCGAGCAGUAUCAACAUAAGGCGUAUAAUCAGAACAUGCAGGAGAUUCCGCCGUUCAGGAGGAACAAUGAAAUGAAGUACCAGGAGCAAGGGUACGGGCGACGGCAGCAGGCGCAGCCGAAUGGCUACAUGGAGCAGCCCAAUGCCGUGUACCCCGGGGUCAACUACAUGGCAACAGGCGCAGCCGGCUAUGGGGCCCGGCAGUACGGCUACGGCGCUCGUCCGCAAGAGAUGCAGGGCGCGCUUCGGGGCGCGGGUCCGUUCCUGCCGGGCUCGCUGCUGGGCUUCCAGAACGCGGCCGUCAACGAGCAGGCGCGCGCCAUGCUCGGCGUCGCCGACAUCAGCUGGAAGGUCGGCGACCGCUGCCUGGCGCUCUACUGGGAGGACAACAACUUUUAUGAAGCUGAGAUUACGGGCAUCUCAGCGAAUACUGUUGUAGUGAAAUUUUGUGCAUACGGUAAUCAUGAAGAAAUUCUCAAGUCUAACUGCUUGCCCUUCCCUUCGCAGCCGUCAGGCCCCAAUGGCGGCUACAUGUCGCGCGGCGUGUUCGCCACGCGCCGGCCGUAGGGCCGCCGCAGCGUGUGCGGCGCACUGCCACCCGCGCACGCCACGUGUGACGCGCACCCACACACGCUCGCCGUGUGCCACACCCCCCCACACCCGCACGCCGUGUGCCACACCCCCCCACACACGCACAGCGUGCCCGCACACACGCAGUGCGGCGCUCCGUCGCACGCCGCACACGCACACAGCGCGCGCUACAGCUGACAGCGCCGCCACCAGCGACUAUGGAACACUCGAUUCUCAUCGGUUCAUGCGUUCGACUACGGACUUAUGUAUUCUUGUACGCAUUUUUAACUUCGAAAGCAUGCGGUUCUAAAUUCAACUGUAUAUUGUUUUAUAUACUACCUAUUCCUUUAUGCCUUUUCAACUUUUAAAGAUGAGGUUUUCGAUUCAACUGUAUUUUUUUUUUAAUAUUUCGUUUGGUCUUAUGUUUACUAUCAAAAGCAUAACGCAACAUGUAUCAGAAAUCGUAUUUCAUGCAAAUUUAAACGACAAUCAAUUCAUGUUGUUCAUCAUACUUAAUAUAAAAUGUCAAAAAAAAAUAUAUCGAAUUUUUAAAAUUAACAUCGUCGAAUAUUGUUCUUAGACGGUGUAAAAUUAUCGUGAAAGUUGUAUAAGGUAUUAUUAGAUUAAUAAAUGUACACUAAAAAUAUCGAAAAUGAUCCAUAAAAACUAACGGGUCUUAAUACUAUUAAUGUUCAUAAACGAGAAUCGAGUCAGCCGACCGCUCUCCUAUUGAUAGGCCUAUUUUCAUGAAUUCACAAUUUUACUGAUCCCCGUUGGUAUUUGAAGUAAGCCAUACAUGAAACUUCGGAAAAAAAUUAAAUCAUUAAAAUAAUAAAGGUAUUUAACAACUGUUAUAUGAUAUUUAAAUUAUCAUACCCAUUUUCAUCAUUCAAUUAGUUGAUUAAGAAAUAGAUCUGAAUGAGAAAAUGUUCCCAAUUGUGACCAAAUGGCAGCUUUGGAUUCUAAAAGGAAAUUAAAUGCCAACGCAAGAGUAAGGAAAGUUGAAACUGUUCUGUUGUUUGAAAUAUAUUUGGUGAAGUUCUUUUUUUCAAUAAUGUAUUCUUAAUUAUUCAGGUUGGUUCCGUUAUAUUUUACAAACUUGCCUAUAUUUGGUAAAAUUCAUUACUUUUUUAUAUGAAGGGAAAUCAACUCUGCUUACUCGGGAUCUGUCCUUUGCUUUAUUGCGUAGCUUCCAUUGUGUUGUGGUUAACUGUAAGUGUUCAUCCUGUAUUUCGAUUUCAUUCCAUAUAUCUUUUUAUUAUUUUUAACAGUGUGACAGAUUUUGUUUCCGUUUUUGUUAUUAACUCUUUCAUGAAAAAAAAAUCUUUUAAUCAAUUAUAACAGUGAUUUAGUUCAUGUUCAUACAACCAAAAGCCUUAAUAGUUUGGUUUAAGCCCAACAGUCAAAUGCUUUUGUUUAGCUGAGCAUCAUAACACCAAAUUUAGUAGAUAAUGAGUUAUUUAUUAUUAUAUAUUUCCUGGAACUGUAUAUCUGCGAGAUUUGUUUUUCGAUAGAACACAUUUGACUUCUCUUAAGAGUUGAUUGUUCCUGUCAGUCUAUUAAUACUUUUUAUUUACGUCUUUGGGAGUAUGGACUCUGUUGUAUUGGUAGAAAGUAAAUUUUGUUUUGUAAAAUUAUUUUUUUAACAUUAAGUGUAAGUAUGUAAAUGUAAGUAUAUUUUAUUUAAUUCCUUUUAGCUAGCGGGAACCUGUUACAUAGCGACGUUGUUGUACCUAAGCUUCACCUGUUACUUCAGCAUUAAUAAUAAUUAAUCAGAUAAUAGUUGUAAUCGGGAAUAUAACCCCAUUUGUAUAAUCGGGAAGCUACGCAGGCGCCGAGGACUUCAAACAAUAGUUAACGCGUUCUCAAUGUUAAAAUUAGGAAAUCUAACGUCGAUAAGGAUGUAACUGAUACUCUGGCAUUAAUUUAUUGUCGAUAUAUAACCACCAAGUAGAUCGUAGCUUGUAAUAAGUGUAUUUUGUUGUAUUCUAGCGCAAAAACUAUGUAAUUAUGAUUAUUUUUCAGUUUGAUAACGGGAUAUUGUUUGAAAAGUAUAUGUUUUACUUUAGCAGUGUUUAAAUAUUGAGGCAUAUAAAGCGUGAAAUACCAGUACGUGUUGUAGCUUUCAUGUUUAUCGAGACGUUUUAUGUAAAUGAAAUCUGGGUAUAUUUAUUUGUAACAUAGAUUUUUAUAUACUUUGCUCGCAAUGGUUACUUGAACUGUUGUGGAACAGAGUGCGAGCGAAUUGAAAUAAUGUGUAGCAUGGAAUUGUAGCGAGCACUUAAUACGAGUAGCCAUUGCGUAGCCAUAUCUUGUGAACCUUAAGUGAUAUUAGGGUUGCUACACACAUAGGCGGGUCGGCACUGUCGGUUCGGCAGCAUUUGUCGAUCAACAAAGCCGACCCGAAGUAAUCACUGCACUUGUUCGGCUUUAUUCGGCUUGUGCCGAUCGGGUAGUUCAUUCGAGUAAACGCAUCAUUCGAUUCGGCAACUGCCGAACGGUAUUUGUGGAACGAAAAAGCCGACUCGCAACUACUACUACAACAUUCGGUUUCAUUCGGCUUGUGCCGAUCGGGUAUAUACGUAGUUCAUUCGGGUUCAAUCGGCACAAUUCGGUUUUCAUUCGGGCGUCACGCGUCGGCGUCGUCUCUGAAUGUUUGUGGUCAUUUUGUACAUGCUUGUCGUAGUAUACACACGUAAAAUGGAGUGGUCGCAGGAAAAAACAAUCCAAUUUAUCGAGUGCUAUCGGUCUUACCCGUUGUUAUGGGAUUCAAAAGACGAAUUCUAUAAAAAUAAAAUCAAAAGACAUGAUGCCUUAGUAGAAAUUGCAGCAAAGUUUGAAGUCGAAAAAGUUGAAGUUGAGAGAAAAAUUAAAAACCUCCAAAGUCAUUUUUUAAGGGAAAAAAAGAAAGAACAAGACAGCAAAAAGAGUGGAUCUGGGGCCGAUGAAUCAUUUACUUCGAAAUGGUUCGCCUACAAAUCUUUAUUAUUUUUAUCAUCCAGAAAUAAACCUCGCAAGACUAUGGAUUCGCAAAUGGUAAGUUGUCUACACAAUUAUAAAUGGCCUUUUCUGUCUAUGUUAAGUGUAUCUGUGUUAUAGAUUAGAUUAACUGAUAAUAUCCAUUCUCCUUAUCCAUCCCAUCCAUGUAACCCUUAUCCUUGCGAAAGUAUCUGUCUGUCUGUUACCUUUUCACGUCAAAGCCGCUAAACCGAUUUACUUAGUUGAAAAUCUAAUAAAGUGCGGGCGAAGACACGGGGCGGGAAGCUAGUCCAAACUAAUAUUAUAAAGAGGAAAGAUUUGUUUUUUUGUUUUUUUGUUUGUAACGAAUAAACUCAAAAACUACUGGACCGAUUUGAAUGAAAUUUGGCACAGAGAUAGACUUAACCUUCAGGAGUAACAUAGGCUACUUUUUAUCCCACUGCUGGGCAUUGUUUGUAGUCCACGCGGGUGAAACUGCGCGCGGACCGAUGAUUUUUUACUAAUCAAUGCCCAGCCUAAACCAUAGAAGCUAUAAAAGCGAAAUUUGGACAGUAGCUUAUGUUAUUAAUGUUAUGCAAUAAAAAAUAGGUUUUUUAAAUUUGACUUUAAGAAAAGACCAAAUGAGGUUGAAAAGAAAAAUUUAUAAGAAUCCUAUUCAAAAUUUCGCCACCUGUAAGUAUCAUUCAAUAGCUCAGUGGUAAAUGCCAAGGGUCAUAUAGUUGAUGUCGAUGUCGAUGGUUCGAUCCGUGGUACCCGUGUGUAAGUUUUUUUUUUUUCAUUUUAUUUAUUUUUAUUGAUUUUUAGAAAAUAUUUCUUAUAUUCAUUGACAUUUUGAUUAAUUUUUAUUAAAAUUUGAAAUUUUGCCCGUUUAUAGUAUGGAACGACAGAGGGCGCUAUUAAAAAAAUUAAAAUGUGAAUAAUUGCGUUUUCGAAUUAAAUAUUUUUUUUUAUUAAAGGUGUAUUUUUAUGUUAUUUUUUUAAACCGGUACUUCUAUUUAAAAUCGGCUUAACAUGCAAAAUUUUUUUAUUAAAAUUUGAAAUUUUGCCAGUUUAUAGUAUGGAACGACAGAUGGCACUGUUAAAAAAAUUAAAUUUGAAUGAUUGCGUUUUCGAAUUAAAUAUUUUUUUUUAUUGAGGGUGUAUUUCUAUGUAAUUUUUUUAAACCGGUACUUCUAAUUAAAAUCGGCUUAACAUGCAAAAAUUUUUAUUAAAAUUUGAAAUUUUGCCAGUUUAUAGUAUGGAACGACAGAUGGCGCUAUUAAAAAAAUUAAAAGUGAAUGAUUGCGUUUUCGAAUUAAAUAAAUUUUUUAUUGAGGGUGUAUAUUUAUGUAAUUUUUUUAAACCGGUACUUCUAAUUAAAAUCGGCUUAACAUGCAAAAAUCCAAUAGUUACAUUACCGAUAGGGAUCCCAAUGAUACCGACGGAUUUACCUAAGUAUAUACUUUGAAAGGUUACAGUUUCCUGUAAAGGUCUCAUUUGCCCUCACUAUAAAUAAAUCCCAGAGACAAACAUUUUCGAUUGUUGGCAUCGACCUCAGAAAGGAGUGCUUUUCGCAUGGGCAAUUAUAUGUUGCUCUUUCUCGAGUAGGAUCUCCAGAAAAUCAAUAUGUUUUGUUGCCACUUACAAAUACGACGGCCAACAUAGUUUUCAGUGCAGCAUUACGUUAAAAUAAAGGAAAUUUAACGCAACCGAAGCCCCGGUCGAUUGCUAUGUUAUUAAAAUGUUUGUUCCUGGGAUUUUUUUUAAAUUGCCUAUGUUACUCCUAAAGGUUUAGUCUAUCUUUCAAAUUUCAUCAAAAUAAGUCCAGUAGUUUUUGAGCCUAUUCAUUACAACCAAACAAACAAAGAAAGUUUCCCUCUUUAUAAUAUUAGUGUAGAUUAGUGUACCUAGACUACAUAGUAUAAAACAAAGUUAGCAUUUGUAUUUGUUUUAUUCAACGAAAUUAAUUGCAGUUUACAUUAUAUUCAAACAGUUUAUUCUCGAAAGUUUUUUCAUACAAAACAUAAUUGUAAGAAAUCCCCGUGCGAAGCCGGGCCGGGUUGCUAGUUAGUAGUAAAUAAAAAACUAAAAUCUAUACUACAACAUAUUUAUUUAAUUAUCAACACAAAUCUAGCUAGCUACACUGAUUUUAGUACAUAUUAAUAAAUUUUAAUACUUAUUUUGCCAAGGAACUUUUCCUUGAUGCGAGCAGAAAUACUCAGCAAAUUCAUCCCUGACAAUUUCACCGGGCGAAAAAUUGUACAGCAUUAUUGGUUCAAUAUUUGCAUUUUCAGCGUUAGUUUCUUCAGCCUCUCCUACGUUUAUUCCCACGUCAUUUGUGGCAUUUCUUCUAUCACCUUGAAACGCGUAGUAUUCGUAUAAAUGCCUCGAUUCAUCAUUUCUUCGGAGAAAAUUGUGUAGAUGUAAUAAUGCCAUCACAACCUUUGUUACUUUGCUAGGUUGUAAUUUGAACGGUCUUCGAAAGCACCCAUACACUUUACUUAAAAUUCCGAAAGUACUUUCAACCAUCCGACGUGCUCGACUCAAACGAUAAUUGAAAAUUCUAAUUUUCGAUCCCUUUUUCCCUAAAGAUGUGUAUGGUUUAAUAAAUCUUUCUGUUAAAGGAAAUGCAUUAUCAGUUAUAAUUACGUAUGGUGUCCGGCACGGUCUCCCAGGAAGCUCACUGUCUUCUGGCACAUUCAAUGUUUCUAUAUUGUCCAAUAUAGUAUUUGAAAAAACUCCGCCGUCUGAUAUUCGACCUUGGCAUCCAACAUUAGCAUACAGGAUAUUAUAAUCAGAAUCUACAAGUGCCAUUAACACAAUACUAAAGUAUUCUUUAAAAUUGUAGUAAUCAGUGCCACUGUGAAAUGGUGCUUCAAUUCGCACAUGUUUCCCAUCUAACGCACCGAGACAAUUCGGAAAGUUCCAUUUAUCGUUAAAACCCUUUGCUAUAUUUUUCCACUUUUCUUCGGUAUUUGGCAUCUGAAAUGUAGAAAACUAUUUAUUUAUAAGUAAUUAUUAUUUUUUCAGAUUGAUUACACUGCUGAAGACAGCUUAGAUAGUACGACUGCUUGCACUGAAACCUCAGAUGAAUGCCGAAAGCGUUCACGCAACGUGGGGAAUGUCAACGAAAAAAUUUCGAGUGCAUAUUCUAUUAUGACGGAGGUAUACAAAAAUCGGAGUGACAAAGAUGAAUUCUCCUUGUUCGGUGACCAAGUAGCUGUGAAGUUGAGAAAAAUUUAUUGUCCUUACGCAAGACUUACUUUGCAAAAUAAAAUAAAUACCCUUCUAAUGGAGGGGGAACUCGGAGUAUACGACUCAUAUAAUUACUAUCGACCAGACACAAGUACCAGCUCUGCAACUAAUGAUGGUACUAAUAACUUUGUGCCAGAUUCUGACAAACAAGGAUAUAUUUCCAUAAAUAACAAUAAACCAGCUUUGAUUGAUAAUUCUCAAGAAACGCAGCUUUCCGUUCCUAAAGUUAUUGCAGAAGAACAAUCACGUGAUCCUUUAGCUUAAUGUCGUGCAUUUAGUUUGUUCAAAGCAACAUGCUAAAAAUGUGGUGUUUAUGUUGAUUUAUGAUGGAUGAUAGUUCUUAAGCGACGCAACUUUCCAUUCCUGAAAUUAUUACGGAGUAAUAUUCGCGUGACUGAUAAUUUUUUAGUUAAAAGCUAGAUGCUAAAGUUAUUUUAUGUUGACUUUAUUUGUUAAUUUUAUUUGUGAUUGAUUUCGUAAUACCAAAAAAUGUUUCCAUUUUUUUUAAUAAAUAAAAAAAUAAAUGCAGAUUCUAAUUUCGAAUAUGUUCCUUUAACCCAACAAUUAAUCACCUUGAAUUAUUUCUUACCUGCAUAAAGCUCUUCAACUCUGUGAUUAAAGCUUGACUUACUACAGGUACUAUUUCAGAAACACUUUGCUGUGAAAUUUUGAAUGUCUGCAUUAAACUUCCAAAUGAGUCUCCAGAUACAUAAUAUCUUAAAGUAACUCCGAGUUUUUCUUUUGCAGUUAAAGCAGUUCUCCAUUUUGUAUCAUUUUUGUUAAUUGAUGGUCCAAUCAGUUGAAGAAGUAAUUCAAAAUCACUACUUGACAUUUUAAAAAAAUCUUUGAAUCCACCGUUGCUUCUGUAUUCUAAGUUUAACACAUCACAGUCAUCUUCUUGUAAUCUAUUAAGAAAAUCUUCAUUGUCACGAUUUUGAAGGCCUCUUCGCACCCAGAAUCUUCGAGGUUUUCGUAGUAAAGAGCCGGCAAUAACGACAAAAGCUGCGGAAAUUAACAACACGUCGUCUUCGUCCCACAUUUUUAGCACUACUGAACAAAAAUUGUUGCCAAAAGCCGAUCGGCAUAAGUCGGCAGUUGCCGAGCCGAGUGAUUGUGUGCGGCUCCGAGCGGUUUGUGAUUCCCGAACAUUAUCUGCAUAUAUUCGAUUUUACCGCCCGGUUUGGCCGAUUGUUCCAUUCGGCUGUUGCCCGGCCUUUGUAAUCGAGCGGCAAAGACGAGCGGCUUUUUUCCCGAACAUUCAUCUACACAUAUUCGAUUUUACCGCCCGGCUGUGCCGAUUAAUGCCGGCCCGAUUAUGUGUGUAGCAACCCUUACAAAACAUAACAUAAUUUUUCAUGUAUUCGAGUCUGGUUAAAACUUUGAACGCAUUUGCAACCCGACACGAUGCGACUAAGUUACUUAUAAAGUGUAUGAAACAGUCUGCAGUAGGCAUGUCGAUAUUAUUUUGUAUUGUUGUGUAUAAAUUUAGUUUCAAACAACAAAACUGCUUGAUGUAUAACGAAGUUCUUCAUUUAGGCGGGUCCCAGAUGGCUUUCACAAAAUGAUACAUUAUUGUGACGUCACUAUUAUGUUCACAUCAUAAACUUUAGUAGCAGCAGAACGUUUUGUAUUUAACUACUUGUAUUCUUUCAUGUUUUUUUUAUCUAAUUUAUAUUAUUAUAAGACUUCGUCAACAUCCCUAUUGCAAAAAUUCGUACGUACGUACGCGGUGAAAUGAAAAUCUAGAUUUUUGAGCAUGAAAUCGUGUUAGGUCGAAAUCAGAAAUGCGUUCCAAGAUCACGAAUCUCAUGGGAUCUAAACAUGUUAUAAAAGUUCCUAAGGUUUAAACUAUUGAUCGAACAACUCAUUAUCGAUCAGUUAUCCAAAAAGUUCGAACCGUUCCGUUCCUUUAGUACUUUUACUUUAGUUUAGGAAGAACCGUUUCAUAAACCCUCGAAUACAUGAGACAUGUAGGUUUCGCUUAUUUUGGUGCACUCGCAUAUUUCAACCAGUGAAGCAAAGCUCAAUUUCAGUGUAAUUAGCUAUUCGACUGUAAAUGCUCAUGUAAUGACAAUCAGCGUUCGACGUUUGUACCAAUUUCUGUUGAGUUGAAGUAACAAUUUAUUAACAAAAAGCUAAUAAAAGGAACUGUAUU